AUGAGUGAAGAGUCGAAACCGAUUUUUCAGACAAUGCUGAUGAGCGAUCUGCAUUUAGAAUUUCCAAAUGCAAUUGUACCUGAGUUCAACGUUGUCGCACCGAACUUGAUCCUUGCUGGAGACAUUGGAAGACCUGACAUCCCCAGUUUAAGCGCAUUUUUAUUGGCACAAUGUGACAAAUUUGAACACAUUUUCUAUGUUGCGGGAAAUCAUUGCUUUUAUGGCGGUGAAUAUCAAGAUCGACUUGAACAACUUCAUGCUCUUAAUAAAAUGAACCCUCGCAUUCAUUUCCUACACAAUCAAACUUAUCUUCUUCCGAAUAAAGUUCGUAUCCUAGGCACGACACUCUGGUCUUAUGUUUCUGAACUAACAGCUUCGAAAGUUGGUCGUUUUGUGAAUGAUUACUAUCAAAUUAAACUUGUCGAUGAAACUGAAUCACGUAAUAAGUGCAGAACUGUGGUGCGUCGUCUAACUGUUGAUGAUACAAAUGCUUGGCAUGCCGAGCAACAUACUUGGUUGCUAGAAGAGAUUCGAAAAGCACGUGAAAAUCAAGAACAUGUGAUUAUUAUCACUCAUCACGCACCUUCACGUCGAGAGACGUGCACGGAUGAAGACGCAGAAUCAGGUGUUGCAGAUGCUUUCGUUAACGAUCAUGACGAAGAUUGUCAAGAUCCUGUUCGUUUGUGGGUGUAUGGUCAUACGCAUCUGUCGACUAAUCUAAUGAUCAAUUCAACAAAAGUUGUCAGCAAUCAACGUGGUUACGUUCAUGAAAACUGCGGUUUUCGACCAAAUAUGAAAAUCAAUUUGUUCGAUAAUGGAACUGUUACUGUAACAGAUUCAUGA